CCUCAUUCCUUUUGACCUUUUCCUCAAUUAAUUCUUUAAAAGAAUUUAAGGGGAAAAAAAUGGUCAUAUACAGAAUACCCGGGGAAUCCUGAUCCAAUAUUUCUCAGCAAACUGUUGAUUCAAUUCAUUGCGUAAGUUGUAUGGAGAUUGUAAUGAUGCCAAAAGUGGGUUCUUAAUAGAGCCAAUAGUUCACUUCUGGUGUUAAAGGUUUGCUAUGUUUUAGAGGCAUGGGCUGCAAUUGAGAAGUUCUCAGGCAAUAUUGGGGUAAUUCAGUGAGUUAGUUUAAAGCUCUAAAUCAACAAGCCUAGUUGAAAUCGUUUUGGUUGAAAGCUAUCUAUGGCAUCGUCUGCUGACUCAUGGAUGCGAGAAUUUAAUGAAGCAUCCAAACUUGCGGAUGAAGUCGGUUCUAUGAUUUCUGCGAGGAACUCCUUGCCCUCUUCCGGACCUGAAACACAACGACAUUUAUCUGCAGCUCGGAGAAAAAUCACUAUAUUAAAGACAAGGCUUGAUACUCUCCAGUCCCUUCUUCCAACACUCCCAAGCAAGCAGCCUUUAACCAAAAAGGAGAUGAAGCGUCGUCAUGACAUGCUCGAUAAUAUGAUUACGAAAGCUAAUCAGAUGGCGACCACACUCAACAUGAAUAACCUUGCAAAUAGGGAUAGCUUGCUUGGCCCAGAAACUAAGCGACCUGAUGUUAUCAGUCGGGCAACUGGUCUUGACAACCAGGGUCUUGUAGGUUUUCAACGACAAGUUAUUAAAGAGCAGGAUGAGGAUCUUGAUAAAUUGGAGGAGACGGUGACAAGCACAAAACAUGUUGCAUUAGCAAUCAAUGAGGAGCUGAACCUACAUACUGCACUACUGGAUAACUUAGACUACCAUGUUGAUACAACAAACUCCCGGCUUCUGAGAGUGCAAAGGAAAUUGGCAUUUUUGAAUAAACGCACAAAAGGUGGCUGUACUUGGUUGUGCCUUUUGGUCAUAUUUAUCGUUAUUCUAGCUGUUGUCAUCUUCCUAUUGGUAAAGUUCUUGUGAUAAUAUGAUGGUAAAGUAUCAUCCAAUUCUUCUAUAUUGUUCAUUGUUGGCUACAAGAGAAGCCCUUUGUUGCAUUCCUUUUGCAACUUCUUCAAUCAACUUCUAAAGUUCUAGUUAUACAAGGACUGCAAUUUUUUCAUCAAUUUGUUUUGAAAGCAGGUAUUGUGUAUAUUUUGCGUUUUCCUGUGCUACUGGAAAUCGUACAUAACACAAUAUAGCUUUUAAUUUAAGAAGAAACAAAACUCUGCCAUGGAUACUAGUGGCAAUUCUUAUGAACGUAUUAAAUUUUAUGGUGCAAUGCAUUCUUCAGGCUUAUAGUUAAA